UUCCUAUUUCUGCUGUUUAAAAAUAUCCAGCCAUCUGUCUCUCAGACAGUUGAGAAAAUAUCAACACACCAGCUUCAUCAGAAACAGCAACCAUCAGAUGAUUAGAACCGGGCCGUCCCGCGGAUGCUUUUCACAUCAGCCAUGGUGGAAAUCGACGCUUCCAACUCCUGCCUGACUGCAGUGAGAGUGCUGCGUGUUUCCCUGGUGGAUGAACUGGAAGGACAGAUCGACUCCCUGAUAGAAGAGCUAGUGGAUCAGAAAGCCUUCACUCGGGAUGACCAGGAGGAAGUGCUGUGUCAGCCGGGGCCCCGGGCCAGAGUGCGGAAGGUGUUGGAUAUCCUGGAGUGCAAAGGGGAGGAAGCAGCGAAAGUUUUCUUGUCUGUUAGAAGUCAUCGGCAGCUCUCCAAGAAUGCACCUCAAGUUCCAACCUCAGAGUACAAGAAGAUGCAACAAAAGCACAAAGAUGUACUGAGGCGCAGGAGUGAGAGCAUGCUUUUCUACAAUAGUAGGCAUGGAGACAAAAUCCUCUUUUCUGAACAUUACGUCAACCUCCUAUUAGUGGAUGGACACCAGGCCUUAGAGAUUAAGAGACACGAGGUACUGGCUUUUGGACAAAAGAGAUUGUCUCUACAACAUAAAUCAGGGCUGCAAAGGAAAAUUGCACCAGCUGAACUGUUUUCGAGAACAAAUGAAAAACGUCCAAUAAAGAAAGUGCUGGUGACAGGGGUGGCGGGAAUUGGCAAAACGGUUCUGGUGCAGAAAAUUCUCUUUGAUUUUGGGCAGAACAAGGACCACCUGGGAUUUGACUUUGUUAUUCACAUGAGCUUUAGAGAUUUAAAUCUUAUUGACAAGCCCACAAACUUCAGAGAGUUGGUACUUCGUAAGAAUAGGCACCUUUCUAAAGAACUGGAUUACAUCUUAGCUAACGAUGACAAACUCCUAAUUAUCCUAGAUGGAUUUGACGAGUUCAGACACUACCGGAGCUGCGACGUUGACGUAUUUGUGUCUGAGCCAGAGGAGGAUGCAGAGGUGAAUGAAAUUUUGGGGAGUUUGUUGCAGGGUGAGCUGCUACCCAAUGCCUCUGUCAUGCUCACAAGCCGGCCUACAGCUAUCAACCACAUCCCUGUUGGAUGCAUCGACCGCUAUGUGCUUAUUGCCGGAUUCUCCAUAAAUGAAGUUCAAGACUUCUUCCUGAGGUAUUUCCAGGAUGCUACUGUGGCUGACAGAAUGUUUUCAAUGGUGUCAGCAAAUGAACUAAUGCUGACACUAUGCUAUAUUCCUGCUUUCUGCUCCAUUGUGUGCUGCAUCCUCAAUGAGAGCAAAGAUCUUUGUGGGGAAAGCCCAAAGACCAUGACGGAUAUUUACGUGCAAUAUCUGGUGGCCUUGCUUCGUUCUCACACCCAGUCCAGAACUAAGACAUGUCCUGAAGACCAAGGAGUAAAAACCAUCCAGCAGCUGUCUGAUAUUGUGUUGAAGCUGGGUCGACUUGCCUUUAAGAAGCUAAUGGAGCAUCAAACACUCUUCUACAGCAGCGACCAAGAUGUGGCUGGGCUAGAGGGAUGCAGCAUGGUUAGUACCUUCCUUGAUACGACAGUUGCACAAGAGCCCGGCUGCACUGAAGAGGUUUUCUCCUUUGCUCACCUCACUGUUCAGGAGUUCUUUGCUGCUCUUUACUGCGCUGUGACGGAUCAACCAUUGCCUGAUGCAAUGCAGAGCAGUGACAACCAAAACAAUGGACACUUGGACCUCUUCAGCCGCUUCCUGUCUGGAAUCCUCUCAGAUCGGAAUUCUAAUUUUCUGUCAAGACAAGUGGGACUUCAUUGCCAGAAGGAAAAAGUAGAGAUGUACCGUCAGAAGAUCACAACAGAUCUUGCAGUGCUUUGUGAGAACGGAGCCCAUAUUCUGAACUGCUUACAUUGUUUGUUUGAGCAACAGGACCCCUCAAUGACCCUACCAGUGCUCCCAGAAUUACUUAGAGUAAAUGUCAGCGACGAAACACUUGCUCAAAUGGACCAUAAUGCCAUAAAGUAUUUCCUAACCCUCACAGAAGGCAAAAUACUAUCAGAACUGGAUCUUACAGCGACUGGAGUGAACUGUGACUCUUUGAGCAACAUUCAACCAUUUCUGCAUAGAUGUCAGAGACUGUGGCUUGGAGAAAAUAAUUUAGACAUGGAUGCGGUUCAGGUAAUUGCAGAUGUGGUGAAGAUCUCAGAAAAUCUCGCCUACCUUGGGCUUGGAUGGACAAACAUCGGUGACGAUGAACUACAAGCUCUUUGCACUUCGAUUCGGGUGAAAAAAAAGGUUCAAGAAUUGUGGAUGGAGGGUAACCGAGUUAGUCACAGAGGUCUGCUGUCACUCGCUGAUUUGACGCCUGAUCCACUGCAAACAAUUGUGGUCAUAUGGAACGACUUGUAUGAGACCGAGUCGGAGAGCCUGUGCAACCAGGAGAGCAUCACAGUUCAUUUUACAGAUGAACAAAUGUGGCAAGAGUGGGGGGAUUGGGUUUUUAGGCGCUGCCAGGUCAGCAGCAAUGAGAAGCUACUGACGGUACUCCACAAAGUUUGUAACGUGUCAAGUGGCUGUCUGGAGCUCCACUGGGCAAAGACCUUCUACAGUCAGCUGUCGCAGCUUAUUAAGAGCCGGAUAGAGUCCUGCACGGACGAUGAUAUGUGCAAGAAACUCCAAAAAUUUGACAGCCUUUUAAAUCUCUGAAGACGUGAGAACGUUUUGUUUCCUGCUAAUUGUUUCAUGAAAGACUAAAGAAGGAAAAUGAAUGGCACACGGAACGACGUCAUUAUUUUCUCUUUUAAUGAUUAACACUAAAACCACAAUUUUUAUGUGCCAAAAUGACCCAGAUAGGAUUGGAGCAAUACACAGUCACAAUGGAAAGUUUCCCAGAUUCUAAAAUUGUUUACAAAAAUACACACUAAAAAUCCCCUUGGUUUUUAGAAAGAAAAACCAUUGAAGCAAAGCUAUGUGGAAAAGUAAGCGCAUCCUUGCUACUUUCAUGGGAUUAAGAAUGAAAAGUAGCAAUUAGGUAAUAACACACAUUACAUUUAAAUGUCUCUAUACAUGUAGACCCAGAUUAGAUUCAACAAGCUUCAGUAAGUAUAAAAAAUUUUAAAGUUCAAGACAUCAUAAUUAGAAAAAGACAGAACAAGUAUAACUUAUUUGGAGGGAUUGUUAGGAGGAAAAUGUUUUAAAAGAUUACAGUACUACCAAUUUUUGGUUUUCAAAGUUGCAUCUGAAUGAAUCACAAAACUUGAGUCACAGAAUCAAAUUUAGAGAAAACCAUACAGAGCGUAUGAGCAAACACCUUAUACCAACUGCCAAGUAUUAUGGCUGAACUUGAUGAAUUGUCAUUCUCAUACAGCAACAUGUUGUGACCCCUUAAAUUAACUAUGACCAAAUUACCAUAUAAUCAAAAAUAAGCCCUUCUGUCAAUAUAUGACCUAAACUGGGGUAUGCAAGGAAAGAAGUGAUGUUGAAGGAAGAGCAGUCCAAAAAUCCCCCACAAUGAUGUGACAAAAUUUUUUUAAAUGACUACUUCAGGUCACUGCUGCUAAAGGUCAUGUAUGGGGUUUACUAAUUUUUUUACAAGCAACUUCAUUUUGACUUCAGGGAGGUGAGGGUGAUGUUAUGCAUGAGCCAUGUAAUUUUUGAUUGAGGGGAAAGAUUAUAAGCAUCAUUUAUAAGCCAACCAAACCAGGGGGAAGACGCAAACUACAUUCAGAAAUACCUCAAUGGGAAAGUAUUUGAAAAAGAAUAUGGCCCGUACGGGGAUCGAACCCGCGACCUUGGCGUUAUUAGCACCACGCUCUAACCAACUGAGCUAACCGGCUCAUAUAUCCGGCCCGUCCCUAACAUAGACAUAUAUACCUACCCAUAUAGCUAUUCAUGGGUUUGUGUUUUAUUCUGUUGUUUAUUGUUUCUGCGCCUGACCCCCAGCAGAAUAGUUUUCUUAAUGCUGUUUUCCAAAUAUCAACAUUUCCCUGAAAGUAACAGCACCUCUGCUCCCUCCCCAUCGACCGGAUGUGCUUUUACUCAUUUCUCAAAUUAAAUCAGAUUGUAGGGAAAGUUGUGUGAAUACACUAUUUUCAUUGUUUUUGACCUGGGUGCCUCUAAGAAGUUUUCAAAUGGGUGGCCAAAUGACGGCCACUAAUAUUGGGUCGGGAUAUUUAAACCAAAAGCCAUGAGUAACAUUUUUGUUUGCUGUCAUCACGAAUGGUUUGCUUAAGUUGUGAAACUUUGACUCAGAGCCGCAGUACGGUAUUUCAUGUUUCGUAUUAUAUUAUUCUUUUUUCUUUCUGCUGUUUAUUAUUUUAUUGUAUGUAUUUAUGUAUUUAUUUAUUUUUGGCAUGUACAUCAUU